UUGGCUGGCGAGGUGGAGGUGCUCCAGCAAGGCGGCAACAUCGAGCGCCUGGGCCGCUUCCUGUGGUCCGAGCACCUCCACAAGAACGAGAGCGUCCUCAAGGCCAAGGCCGUGGUGGCCUUCCACCGGGGCAACUUCCGCGAGCUCUACAAGAUCCUGGAGAGCCACCAGUUCUCGGCCCACAACCACCCCAAGCUCCAGCAGCUCUGGCUCAAGGCGCACUACAUCGAGGCCGAGAAGCUGCGCGGAAGGCCGCUGGGCGCCGUGGGCAAGUACCGCGUCCGCCGCAAGUUCCCGCUGCCCCGCUCCAUCUGGGACGGCGAGGAGACCAGCUACUGCUUCAAGGAGAAGAGCCGCAGCGUGCUCCGGGAAUGGUACGCCCACAACCCCUACCCGUCGCCGCGGGAGAAGCGCGAGCUGGCCGAGGCCACCGGGCUCACCACCACCCAGGUCAGCAACUGGUUCAAGAACCGACGGCAGCGCGACCGGGCCGCCGAGGCCAAGGAAAGGUAGGCCAAGGAACGGAG